AGGUCACAAGCGCGAUCGGAGUCAGCGAUUGAGAGGGCUGCGGAGGAAUUCCGAUUGGAAGUUGCUUGGAUGAAUACGUAUUGGAUGGUACCGAGUGCGGCGACGUAUGAUGUGUUGCGUAAGGGUUUGGAUAAUGUAAGUCAGCAGCGGGAGGGUUGGACGUCACAUGGCUCGUUGGUUUAUCAAGGAUUGGAGGAGCGGAAGGCUUGGUCGACGGUAGGAUCAGGAGCGCUAUUGAGAAAUACGUUGAAUACAAACGGGUGUACGCUGCGUGUGACGGGUUCGUUAUGGAGGCCAUUGUUUAUGCCUACGGCUUGUGCGUGGACGGUUUUUGCAGGACGGUAUAUGGCAUCACGGAGUGGUUUGGAGGCUCAUAUGACACUGCUUAAUUCAAUGCCGAAGGAAUGUUGGCAACGACUUCGUAACAUCAGGCCGGAGCACCUGUGGAAAUGCAGUCUGUCAUACUUGGAACUAGCUGCCGUGAUUGGAUUGUAUUUCGACUUCCCUUAUGGCUUCAUCGAUCUAGAAAUUGCUAACUCUGUUCUGGAAUCCAUGAACCUCAAACCCUUCAAUCGUCGUGUUAAAGCCUGGUUUAUCGGAUGCUUACUACAACACUCAAAGGUACCCAUCAACCACUUAGUCGAAUUCUGUCUUCGCACACUCAAUUAUCAUCCAAGACCACAUCGAGACUAUUUAGAAUGUCUCGCACCGCGAUCAGCAUGCUGCCAAAAGGGAACUAGACGUGCAAUGUCCAUCGAUGCACGACGCAGGAUCAUUCAAAAUAAAUUAUCUGGACUCGUCUCUGUCACACCUCAAGGCUUUGCCAAAUUGAUCAAUAUCACACCAGGUGUCGAUCGCAUCGCACACGAUGGUGCUGCCGAUGCUGUACAUGAAUGGGCCACCCACUUCUGGCAACCACUCGACAAACUUAAAUUUGACAAACUCAGAAUCGUACCAGGCCUCCAAGAACGCGUCCUCAAAUCCACACACCAGGCCCUACAGGCCCAGGCCCGACAGGCCCAGGCCCUGCAGAGUCCACGCGGAGCCUGGGUCGCCACCCAGGAUUCUUCGGCCCAGGAUUCUUCGGCCCAGGAUUCUUCGGCCCAGGAUUCUUCGGCCCAGGAUUCUUCGGCCCAGGAUUCUUCGGCCCAGGGUUCGUUGACGGCGUGUUCUCCGCCGUUGCCUCUCGAUGUCAAGCCCCAGGUGUACCAGCCCACGUUGCCUUCAUUGGUCUCAUUGGGUCUGACCAGCAAUUCGAUCAAGGAUGACUUUCACGCCUACCAGCUGCUCCAUGGCUCGCUGUCUUGCGAGCAGUGGAAGCGUCUGCUGGGUGCGGAGCUGGCUGACUUUGAGCACUGUGGGCUGGAGUAUGUGGAGCUGGGUGCGGUGAUCUCUAACUACUUUCAAUUGCCGUAUGGAACGUUGGAACCGGUUACGAGAGAGUUUUUGUCCCGACAUCUUCAGGACCGAUCGUGCCAGCAAGGGGUGGAUUCGAACCGGCUACCUCUGGAUCCGAUGAGACAACUGAAUCAUUGGAUUACAGGCUGCCUCUUGCAGCGGGCGAAAGCAAGCGGCGAACAGCUCGCGGACUUUUGCGUCCGCACACUAGGGUACAAGCCGGUACGCAAAAUCGACGUACUCGAUUGCUUGCGGCCACGUUCUGGUAAUCACUUCCACCGACGAAACGCGGAAACCACCCUCUCAAUGCAUCAUUCACGUCUCCGCCACCGACUCGCAAAUUUGCCCACAGUUUCUAUACGAGAAUUUGCAUGUCUACAUCAGGACAGCGUCCCGGACCUCCUUAAACUCGUUCGGGGAAAAGGACGUGGUCGCCCCCGGAACCCAAGUGCUGAGGUCAAAUCAGACACCCAUGCAAAUCAAGAGACACAACCAUCGACCACUGAUCGUCUACCGACCACUGAUCGUCUACCGACCGCUGAUCGUCUACCGACACCCUCCCAGCGCACGAUAGCAACCGACUUUAAUGAAAACACGCCGAUGAAAAAGAAGAAAAAGACGCACCGUUCACGGCAGGAUUCCCCAGUCGCACACUUACCGGAGGCUGCCGACCUUGAAGUACUGUCCAUCGAGACACACGUUGUCGCAACAAAUGCUGUUGGAUCAGAUACUAGUGCACCCGUCCCCAUUCAGACACAUUCACCUGAGGUUGUAUCCACUGGGACAAGUUCCCCCGUGCCUGAUUCCGCUGGAGCUGGAGCGUCUUUUUCAGGGGUUGAUUCCACCUCGCUGAAGACCGCGAAGUCGCUGAAGACCGCGACGUCGCUGAAGACCGCGACGUCCAGUAAUGGGUUGCUUCAACACAGCCUGGCAGCGUUGAACAGAUUGUCUAAGGAGCCGGCUCUGCUUCCGGAGGCCAAAUGGUGGGUGUCUUGGGAAGACGAGCUGGAAGCGGCAGGGGUCGUGGAGUACUACAGCGGGCGGACCUAA